AUGUCUAAGAAACCACAUUGGUCAUCGUUACGUCGCAGGGCAGCAUUGUCUGACCAUCUUUUCCUGCCUUCACGUCCACAGAAUCUUCCACGACACAUGGAUGAUUCCGAAAGAAGACGAACACUUGGAGAUUUGGGUAAACUAGCUAAGGAGAAACAGGAAACUACUCGGAGUGCUACAUUAGGGGAUGUGGGAGAUUGGUUCAGAAACAAACUUCCAAGUCAUCGUGCAGAGAGAGGAGGGACAUUGAGAAACAACGGGGGUCGGGAAAUCGGAGCGGUUGCUGACAAUUCUUCAUCUCAACUUCAACACAAAAGCAACAAUGAAGAAUCGGCACAGCAUCACUCUGCUUCAAAUCGCCGAGGGGGUCAACGCAGCAGAACCGGGGGUUCAGAUCGUCUUGUAGACUGGAACACACCAAAAAACCUAAGUGAAGCAGUGCCUGGACCAACACCCGCAUCUAAAAACAGAUGGAAUGACUUCGGUUCCCUGAAAAUAGGCAAGAAGCGCGGUCAGAAGAAACAGAGUGACAGUAUAGAAGCCGAGAAGGGCAAAGAACAGCAACCUAUGAGGCGCUCCUCCAGAGCUCAGUCCUUUGCGGCAGCCAUUCAAGGAACACCUAGCAUAUUGGAAGUUCUAGAAGCCAAUCGAAAGGCAAGGAGAAAAGCACGGAAGGACCGGGAAAGUUUGAGAGAGAGCGGAGAUUACCUGGGUGUUCAAGGUGUCAAUCCGCAGACGGGUAUUCUUGAUCUUACAUCGGACAGUGGAGAGAGUACGCUGAGCUCGAAAACGGAACAAAAGCUGCUGAACCUAGAGGCACAGGCCAAGAGCACUUUAUCAGCUGCCGAAAGAAAGGAGGCCGAGAUCGAAAUCGUCAAGAUACAUCUUGACCACGAGGUCGCUAAGGCACGACGAAAAGAGAAGGCAGAGAAACAACUGGCAGCUUCUGUCACUGCCAAAUGGCGAAGGGGGACACACCAGUGGUCGUCGGUCCAGGAACCUGAUUUGAGCCCAAUUGCCCAAUCGCACAGAAGUACUUCAGUAUUCUCAAGGCGCCCGUCACGCCGAGACCCCAAUAUGACAAAGGAAGAAGGGCUGAUCGACUUUAAUUCAAAGGAAUCGUCUGAUGGAGAAGUCCCGACUGCUGUACGACCCAAGGAGGGUUCCAACUCAUCUGACACAGUGGUCAAAACCCCUCACAGACGCAGCCUGGCAAACCCAUCUCCUUCAGCCUUGGAGCUUUUCGAGAAUGACAUAAAAUUCCAUAACCCAAGCGAGCCCAGGCUAGACAGAGAUCAGAUCCCAGGGUCUUCCCUCACACCCGCGCACGAUGAUACACAGAUACAAACGCCUGCCAACGAGACACAACAUCUGCAAGGGAACCAGAAGUUUCACGAGGCAGGCGGACCACUGGCGUGCCACAGUGAACAAAACCAGCACUCCAGUUCUUUUUUAGAGAAGGGCCUAGAAGGGGCAAUAGAACCUGGAGGAACCCAGAUGCCUCGAGUGUCAAUCAGGAAGGACUCUUCAUCAGAUCUCUCGAUGAAACCGAACCUCACAGCAUCAAGCACCAACCACUUACUAGUGAAGAGCAAGAUCGAGAUACGAAGCCAACACGAAAACAGCAUUCCAGAAAGCUACGUGCAAGAUUUGACGAUCACCCACGAGAAAUCCAUUACCCUCCCGACAACAUUGGAACAGACCGCGUCAAAUUCCCUAGAAAGCCAGUGCCAACACACUCCAGUCUCGACAUCCCAUCAUUGGGAGCAAGAGGCACUGAACAACUCAACACCGUCUCCAACAGUCCUACUGCUCCAGAGACGAACAAUGAAAGCUGGGAUCACAAGCGGCCCACUGCCCCAGAACGAGACAAAGCGGUCAGCAACUCUAGAUCCCCUCACCGCUCCUCCAUUUCCCUUGAAGGAAGCUACAGUCAAAGAGAGGCUGCAGAACCUACCCAAAACCACCCGGCAAACAACACAAACAAGACACCAGAUAACCAGAGGGAGUCUUCCCCAAUCCUUGCAUCAAGUCCACGCGAAAUCCGUGACCGAAGAUCAAAUAACGGAGUGGGUUUGGGCGCAGAGCGCGAAUCACGACAUCACGAAAAGGUGCGAAGUCAAGGGGGCGUCUGCAUCCACAAACAUCACCAUCACUACUGGGUGCGACCAGAUAAAAUCGAAAUACCCCCCGAAGAGAGGUCAAGAGGCCGGGGAAGGCCUCCAGCGCAAACGCAGGCUAAGUCGGGUAAUCCACAACCUGAAGAGAUUUGGCACAACGCCAAACAGCUUAGAAGCUUCCCCAGAGAAUCGUGGACUGAGUACAUUGCUGAAAUCGGCGUCGGUGAAAGAGAUUCAAGUGAUCGAUACUAUAUUGGAGAGUCUUCUGGAGGAGUCGAGAAAUCCACCACAGGCACAAGUGUGCGACACCAUGGAGGAACUAACAGAGGUACCAGCAAUGCAGGAACGAUGCAGCAGUUCGUCAACAUCCACUUGCACAUUGGGCGUCAAGAACAUCGAAAAGGAGGGGAACACGGAGAACAUUCCUCGGAAAGCCAGCACUCCAUUGAGCAAUCUGGAUCUUCUAUCUCAAAUAUAUAUGCCAGGAGUCAGCAAUCGAGCAGCGGAUCCGGGGAUGCACGUGCCAGGCAAUCUUCCAAGACAGUGGAACGCCGAAGACGGCAUCGCAGAUCUUUCCAGUAAUAGAUCUCAGCAGGAGGGUAUGACGGGAGGGUUGUGGGAUGCUAUCAAGGAGUUUCUGUGUACGAUCAAGGAGUACAACAUACAGCUUUUGAGAUUGUACUGGAAGGCGGUGACGCCUGUUUUUGAUUACAGUUCCCCGUACUGGAGAGCUACCGAUCGAGAAAGCGUUGCCUGGACAGAUUUGGCGAGUACUUGUCUCGCAUUGCCCCUCAUACUCGGGUUGUUGGUGAUAAUGGUUUGGGUUAUGGAGUUAACGGCAAUCACAAUGAAGUGCAGGGAAGAGGACUGGGAUUGUUUAGUUGACGAGGCAUUGGCGAUGUUUCGGCGCAGCUUGACCGGAGUCUACAUGGACGAAUAG